GAUAAUGUACCAGAAAUACCUAAGCAGGUAUCGGUAUCAAUGGGCCAAUAUGGCAAUAUAUUACUACCAACUAUUAAGGUAGGUUUAGUAGAUAAGCUUGGCAAUACGGUUUAUGCCAAGGCUUUAUGUGACUCAGGUAGUCAAAUAUCAUUCAUUUCAUCAGAUUUAGCUGAUCAAAUUAGUUGUGAAUUAAAAGAUGAGCAAACUAUAAUUAGUGGCAUAUGUCAAGGGAAAAACAAAACUGCAAAGAAGGCUAAGUUUACAAUAUAUUCUGAAAAUAAUGAUUACAGCUUAAAGCUAACAUGUUGCAUUGUUUCAAAAAUAACUUGCGAUUUACCACAAUUUGAUGUAGAUAUUGGUAGCUUAAACAUACCGACUCACAUCAAGUUAGCUGACAGGGAUUUCAAUAAAAGUGAACCAAUAUCAAUUUUAUUGGGUUGUGAUAUAUUUUUCAAAAUUCUUUUGCGUGAACAAUUGCCAAUAAUUCCUGGCGGGUUAUAUUUACAUGACACGCGUUUUGGUUAUGUUUUGGCAGGACAAUUACCGUUACAACGAAGCCCGGCCACCACGUCACAACAGAUAACAGCUGUUAGCAACUUUUGUAACCUUGACAAUGAAAUUAGGUCACGUGAGGUCGAUGACACUCUUACAUCUAUUGAUAGCUCACUCAAACAGCUGUGGCGGUGCGAGCAGGUGCCGCAGAUUUAUAAGGAGGCUUCAUCUGAGCAGGAACUAGCAGAAACAAUGUUUCAGGAGUCAGUCCAGCUAGAAGACUGUAAAUUUCAGGUAAAGCUACCUUUAAAGCAAGAUUUUAAUGAAGUCAGGCUGGGUAAUUCUUUAUCUCGAGCCUUACAGAGGUUCUAUAACUUAGAAAAAAGGUUUUUAAAGGAUCCGUUGCUUUUUCAGCAAUAUAAACAAUUUAUUGAUGAAUAUGUUUCGCUUGGGCAUGCGAAAUAUGUUGAUAUUGAAAGUUACAAUUUAGAAGAGGAUCCUGUAUAUUUUCUGUCUCAUCACCCUGUGAUUAAUGAAGGUAGUAAAACUACGCGGUUAAGGGUAGUUUUCGACGGUUCAAUGCAGACCGAUCGAAACAUUUCAUUAAAUGACUUAAUGUUAAAUGGACCUUGUGUGCAAAACAGUUUGUUUAAUAUAUUAAUAUUAUUUCGAUUGCAUAAAUUUGUCUUAGUAACUGACAUAAAAAAGAUGUUCAGAAACAUUAAACUUGAUCCAUCACAAUGCUCAAUUCAGAACAUACUAUGGCGUAGUAGCCCACAAGAAAGAAUUAAAUGUAUUCAAUUAUUAACAAUUACAUAAUAGGCCUAAGUGGCAGAAUUCUCUUCCUAAUAUCGAAGUAGGAACAUUAGUUUUAUUGAGGAGUGAUAACAUUCCUCCUUUGAGUUGGCCAAUGGCACGUGUUGUUGAAACGUUCCCAGGUUCAGAUGGCAAAGUUAGGGCAUUGUCAGUCAAAACAACAAAAG